UUAACCAUUUGCCUCACAUGAUGUUUAAUGUUAUCCUCAUCUUUUUUUCACAUAGACGAUAAUCCCAGAAACACAAAUGUAAACAGGAUAGUAUGACGUGUAAAGAUGCCAAGUUUUCUCCUUUAUUCUGGCUGAAGAAGAGAGAACUUGGACACAAAUUUUCCAGCUUUGAAGCCAGAAGUUUCCGUGGAGGGCUAUAUUCCUCAUUGAAAGCUGUCCAUAAAUGGGACCCGCAGAAGACUGUGGAUUCUACACACCACGGUGGAAUAUUUAACUUUGACUUCUCUCCUGAUGGAUCUUUGUUGGCAGCAGCUUGUGAAGGACAGAGCAUCUUGUUGUUUGAUCCCUUCAAUGGCCGUCUGAUCGGAGAAAAAAGCAAAGCACACACUGACUGUGUCAACAUUGUUAAGUUUCUGGACUCUAGAUUAUUUGCUACUUGUUCAGAUGACUCGACUGUUGCACUCUGGGAUGUCCGGUUCUUGAAACAUAAACUGCAUGAGCUUAAAGGUCACACAAACUGGGUCAAGAACAUUGAGUAUGACCGCAACACUGGCCUCCUUCUCACCUCAGGUUUUGAUGGCAACAUUUUCACCUGGGAUAUUAAUAGGUACACAGAUACUGAGACAAAGGGCACCAAGGUCUUCACCUACAAACUGUUGAUGAGAUCCAAGCUGUCUCCUGACUCCUCCAAGCUUGUUGUCUCCACCCAGAAUGGUUACAUCAUAGUUAUUCACGACCUUGACCUACUGACCCUGGCAGAUGACCUGAAAAAUUUUCCUCCCUAUGGAUCUCCAUCUUCGUUCCCUUUCCAGAGAAAUCAGCGCCGGAACCGAGUGGAGUUGAUACGGGAGUGGCCGUCAGGGGACAAUGCCAGCGACAUCGCCUCCCUGCAGAUCCAUCCACAAGGCUGGUGUGUGAUGUCUAGAAAUGUCAGCAGGGACAAGAAAUCAGAGUGGACCUGCAUUCAUGACCUCCAGGAGCCAAUCAGGAGACGGGAAUCCCAGGAGUUUUCUGUGAUGCCCCACACUUCCUGUAGCCAGUCCUCGUCCACCUACACUCCUGCCUCAGCCUCAACUGCCCCCACCACGCUAGUUACCACCUCACCCUGCACCUCAACCUCCCCAGGGGCGUCCAUCAGGACCCAGACGCCUCGCUCCAUCAUCAUCAACCGCAGCUUCUCUGAUGACAGUGCAAUGGGCACAGUCAGUGCCCCCUCUAUAGUGAUCAAUCCACCGACCUUCAGUGUGGAAGGACGGCAGGUAUCGGACAACUCUCCACAGACCGCUAGAAGCGGGCAGUCUGCGUUAGUGAUCAAUUCCAACCCCUCAAGCGGAUCAGACGAUUUCCAGUCUUCUGUCACAAUCCACAUCACAACUCAAGCGGGGCCGUCCACUUCUCAGGGUGGGUGGAGGAACCUAUUGACCUCAUCUGAAACUUCCCCCCCGAGCUCUGUAGACUCAGACACCCACCAGGAGUGGGGGCUGAACCACCCAAGCGACCGUGAGAUUGAGUCUCUUCUCCAAGAUGAGUUGAGUUCUGAGUCCAGUGCUGAUGACAGUGAUGGUGAGUUUGUGGCUCCAGAGGUGCAGCGGAGCGAGGAUAAUCCCUCUGACAGACCCCGCUACCAGGAUCUUGUGGCAUUGAUCGUCAGGUACGACGUGACGAGGGGCAUUAUCGAUGUCAAUCAUAGGGUAAGACUGGGCAGUGCCUACGAGAGCCCCACUGCACGGACAACGGACAGACUCAUGUAUUACACGGAGGAACCUAAUGUGGCUAGGGGGUUCAUCAAGGAGCUGUGCUUCAGUUCAGACGGCCGCUUGAUCUGUUCACCGUUUGGAUUUGGCGUGCGUCUGUUGGGAUUUGACCCGCUGUGUAGCGAGCUUUGUGACGUGGUGCCCAGUCAGCCAGUUAGACUGUAUGAAGUAGCUAACUGUCUCUCCCACAGUAACAUCGUGGUCACCUGCAAGUUCUCACCCAGACACUGCAUGUUUGUGUCGGGCUGUCUGAGUGGCAAGGUCAUGUUUCACCAGCCUGUUCUCUGAUUCCAGAAAUCUCAGCGUACUCUUUUAUUUGGUUUGUUAUUUAAUGACUUAUGAGUCUUUUUCUGAAAGCUUUUGUUAAUGACUUCACACUGUAGUAAUGAUCCUAACGGUGUGCUUGCGACAUGCAUUAAAAAUAUUGGACAUGCGCACAUUGAUGGUAAGUUUUUGUUGUGUAAUCUUGAAGCAUAAUAUGAAAUUGAAUUAUAUAUAUAUAUGAUAAACAUGCCUGGUGCUUUGUUUAGAUUGUAAAUGAAUGAAUGUUUCCACAUGUGAAUGAAUAAUAUUAAUAAAUCUGUCAUAUGA